AUGAAAACCGCCGUGCUUCUUGUUGGACUUCUGGCCAUUGCCAGCGCCGAAUGGAUCGAUAUCGAUUGGUCCCAGGUUCGACCGAUCGAAGAGUUCGAUCACUACUGGGCCCGUCUGCCGGCGGAGAUGCAGAUCUACCGUAAGAUGAUGCCAUCCCACCGUAUCGUCAAUGGUCAGGAAGCGACGCCCGGCCAGUUCCCGUACCAGAUCGCGCUGCUGAGCAACUUUGCGGGUGGUACCGGUCUGUGCGGAGGUUCCGUCCUCACCAACAACUACAUCCUGACUGCUGCCCAUUGUGUCAUCACUGGUGUUUCGACUCCGGCUCUUGGUGGUACCGCGAUCAUCGGUGCCCACAACCGUAACGAAGUUGAACCUACCCAGCAGCGCAUUGCUUUCACGACUGCUGGAAUCGUUGCCCAUCCGGGAUACAAUCCAAAUAACAUCCGCAAUGAUAUUGCUGUUGUGCGUCUGAACUCCCCGAUCACCUUCAAUGCUCGUGUUCAGCCAGCCCGUCUGCCAGCUCGCUCGGAUACUCGCCAGUUCGGUGGAUUCACCGGAACCGUGUCCGGAUUCGGCCGUACGUCAGACGGUAGCACAGCUACUUCUCCUGUGGUGAUGUACACUACCAACCCGGUCAUGACCAACGCUGACUGUAUUGCCAGCUGGAACGCUGUUCUCAUCGAGCCCCAGAACGUGUGCCUGAGCGCAGCCGGUGGUCGUUCCUCGUGCAACGGUGACUCCGGUGGUCCGCUUGCCGUCCAGGAUGGUGGAAGUCUCCAGAUCGGUAUUGUGUCGUUCGGAUCUGCCGCUGGAUGCGCUGUCGGUAUGCCGUCGGUGUACGCCCGUGUGUCGUUCUUCCUGGACUUUAUCGAGGCCAACUCGGACUUCACUGCUGCCCCUUAAGAUGUUCCAAAUA